UAUAGAUUCUGGUUAUAUCAACCAUUGAGUCCCGAUAGAAUCGCUAAUAGCUUGUCACGAUAGCUCUGCUGCAUUCAAUGCUCAGCAUGAAGCUCUCCAAUAUCCUGGCCAUGGGCCUGGUCGCCACCACUCAGGCCAUCCCCACGAAUCGGAACCAGCCCAAGAAGCAGCCGAACUUUGUCUACAUCAUGACAGAUGAUCAGGACCUGACGAUGAAUUCGCCAGCGUAUAUGCCGCAUGUCCAGGCCAGCAUCAAGGACAAGGGAACCUUUUUUGCGAAUCAUUUUGUCACUACAGCACUCUGCUGUCCAUCGCGGGUUAGUUUGUUAACGGGGAAACAAGCGCAUAAUACGAAUGUGACGAAUGUUUCACCGCCGUGGGGUGGAUAUCCCAAGUUCAUUGAACGGGGGUUUAAUGAGGACUUCCUCCCCGUUUGGCUGCAGAAUGCUGGGUAUAAUACCUAUUACACGGGGAAACUCAUGAAUGCGCAUAGUAUCGACAAUUACAACGCUCCUCAUGUGGAAGGAUUCAAUGGUUCCGAUUUCCUGCUCGAUCCAUAUACCUAUUCCUACUACAACUCCACCUACCAGCGCAACCAUGACCCUCCUGUCAGCUACGAGGGAGAUCACACCACCGUCGUGACCGCAGAGAAGACACUGGGAUUUUUGGAAGAUGCGUUGGCAAGUGAUAGACCCUUUUUCCUGGCUACUUGUCCGAUUGCACCACAUGCGAAUAUUGAGCCGAAUGCGCUGGCAGCUGACGGAGAUACGCUGAUGACUGCUGCGAUCCCGGAGUCGAAGUAUGAGCAUCUUUUCGAGGACGUCAGAAUCCCUCGUACAGAUAACUUUAAUCCGAAAGACUCAACCGGAGCAAACUGGAUAAAAACCCUUCCCCUCCAAAACCAGACUAUAGUCGAUUACGAAGACCACUACUACCGCCAACGACUCCGCUCUCUCCAGGGUGUAGACAAUCUCGUCAAUGCCCUGAUUGAACGCCUAGAAAGCAGCGGUCAGCUAGAAAACACAUAUAUCAUCUUCACAUCCGACAAUGGAUACCACAUUGGCCAACAUAGAAUGGCACCGGGCAAGUCGACCGGUUUCGAGGAGGAUAUCCGGGUUCCGUUCUUCAUUCGCGGGCCAGGUGUUCCUGGGGGCCGUGUUGAUAACACGGUUACGACACAUAUUGAUCUGGCCCCGACAUUCUUUGAGUUAGCUGGGAUUCCGCUGAGAGAAGAUUUUGAUGGGACGCCGAUGCGUGUUGCUGAGGAGUCGAGGGGGGUAGUGCAUGAACAUGUUACGGUGGAGUACUGGGGGAGUGCACCUGUAGAGGGAGAGUUUGCCAGUGUUGCAUCACCGCUGGGCACGAAGCGAAACACAUACAAAUCGAUCCGCAUCCUAGGCGAGGGGUAUAAUCUCUAUUACUCUGUCUGGUGCAGCAAUGAGCACGAACUCUAUAAUCUAGCAACUGACCCCUAUGAAAUCCAAAACCUCUACCCUGGCCAAUCCACAAACACAACCUCAACAGAUCCACACCUCUUCAACCGGGAUCUAUCGACCCUAAUACCCCGCCUAGAUGCCCUCCUCAUGGUCCUGAAAUCAUGUAAAGGAAGCACAUGUCUUAAGCCGUGGGAUGUCCUACAUCCGGGUGGGUUUGUUCAGAGUCUGAGCGAUGCAAUGGAUGAACAAUACGAUCGAUUCUACGAGGAACAGCCGAAGGUAAGUUAUAGUAAGUGUGAACAGGGGUAUAUUAUUGGAUCGGAGGGGGCGCAAGAUGUUUUGAAUUGGGAGGCGUGGGCAUGAUGGUGAUCUGGUUGCUGUAGAUAUUGUAAAUACCAGAGGCCAGUGUCAAAUGGUGAUUAUGUACUAUAUCAGGUACAGAUCGACACCGAUCAAGCGAUAAUCUGGUACAAUCUGGAGCAAUCAUCAGCGUCAGAUCGAUCCUCGAUGAUCGGUGGCAAGUGGAAUUUACUAGCAGUACUUGUAUAAUCUCCGACACAGGGUCCUCAAUAACCCGAUUCCAUACAUCGCACACAUCACAACCCCAGAAGCAGCAGUAUCGUUCAAUCAAUCACCCCUUGAUAAAAAGCAGCGCGAUCCGAUACUUAUUUGAAGACAUCACAUCACAAUGCACAUUGUCCAACACCGCUCCCUAUUUGGCCAACCCAGAAACCAAA